UCACUCGCGUAGCUCUCGAAGGCAUUUUGCACCCUUGAAUCUUUAGCGAUUGAGCAACCUUAGUUUUUUCCCAUUGCCAUUUCUUCCACCAUUUCGCUUUCACCACACUAAAGCAACUAACGCCCAUAACACAGGAGACUUUUACACUCUACGAGCCGAAAGCACUGCCAUCACGUGAAACCGCUCAGCGCAUACUUUAAUCGACGACACCCUAGACCGAGUUCAUACAACAUACGUGUGGCUGCCGAUUUCCCACCGCACGUUUUUUGGUGCGACGACGCCCUAAACCGAGUCUCCAGAACGAAAUUGCUCGUUAGCCAGCUAUAAAUACAUAUUGCAGAUCUUAAUAGCCAUACGAAUGGCGAUACGAAGCGAUCGUAACCUAAUGCUUGGACUCUCCUCGACCUUCCUCCUCCUCCUACUACUGCAUCUCGGACCUGCAGUCGCAAAACCCGACCCUCAAGCGGAGACACCCACCGCGUCCUCCGCCCCGCUUCCCGCCGCGCCUCCCGCUAUAACUCCGGAGCCGAGGGUCGGUGUUCCCGCGGCCGGCAAAGGCAGCGCAGCGGCGCCCGUACCCGCAUCGGGGGGAGCAGGCGCGGGGAAGAAAGUGGACGGGGCGGCGACGGGCGCGGAUGCAAGCACGGUCGCGGGGAACGCGAUGAAGGGGAAGGACGACCCGUGGGCUCCGGCGAUGGUGGCAAAUUACGGGCAGCUGAUCCGCGCGCUGGACCAGCGCAAGCCGAUCGUGAUCGUGGAUACGUUCUACCUCAAGGGCCCCAUGCCCAAUAUCACGUGGACCGUUAAUAUCACCGGCCACCCCCGCUGCAAGAAAUCCGAGCUGGGCAUGUGUCGCAUCGACGCGCGUCGCCGCAGUCGCCACUUCAUCGUCGACAAGGGCGGGCUGCUGGCCAUCUCGAACCUGCAGCUCAGCCGCGGGCGCCCCGUCACGGGCAGCGGCGGGUCCAUCUGGCUCAUGAACGGCGGCGAGGCGCAGCUCGACAACGUCUUCUUCCGCUUCAACGGGCUCUACGGCGUGACGACGGCAGGCGGCGCGGUGGAGGUGGACGAGGGCGCGGCGCUCACCUGCCACCGCUGCCAUUUCAUCCGCAACUUCGCGGGGUUCGGCGGGGCCGUGUCGCUGGCGAAGGGCGCGCAGAUGACGGCGGACGGCAACGUCUUCCAUCGCAACAUGGCGUCGACCGCGGGCGGCGCGGUGAGCGCGAUCAUGAAGGCCACGGUCAGCCUGCACCGCUCCAAGUUCAACGCCAACAGCGCCGCGGUGGGCAGUGCGGUCCACGCGUUCGACUCGAGCCUCACUCUCUGCCAGGCCAGCUACUACAACAACAACGCCUCGCUGCCGGGGAGCGUGUUUCUGGCGAGCAGUGCGAGCUCAGUGACAGCAUGCAACUUGCAGAAGGGGUCGCUGGUGCUAGAGACGGGGUCCACGCUCGCCAACGCGGCGUGCAACACAUGUGGCACCAGCAUCGGCACGCUCGGCAAGCACAAUAGGAGAUAAGCACAAGCACCCGAUCAUACACCGCGCUCUGCCUGUGUCGUGCUGCUGCUGCUUGUUGGAUUAUUGAGAGGUCCGUCAAUCACUGCCGACACCCCACCAUGGAGCUUUGAUGUCUCACCCUGGAGCUUUGAUAUCAAUCAACAACCGACCCGUCACUCCCCCUCAGGCAAUGCCUAGGGAGACUGUUGGAAGUGAAUGACGCCGUGAACUGGCCAGGAUGCAGUGGUUGGGGGAAGGGUGGUGAUGAGGGUGGAAGUCAGAGGUGUUAUGCUUCUAAGUAGAGCUGCAAACAGAUGUUACCUAGGUUGAAUUGGCCAUAGCUGGCGCUAGUAGUGUAGGCCUUUGCAUUAGUUUGCCACUGACUGAUGCUUUAUGUGUGGGAUGUUGUGAUAGUAGAUCGCUGCGAGCUACUAUGUCUGAUGCUCGUCUCAACAAAAAAAAAAUAGGGCU